UUCUAUUAAUUCAAGAUCAGACUUUACAAAUUUGGAGCAGCCGACUCUUUCCGUCUCCUCCCUGUCGGCCGCCACAAUCUUCAAACUUGUUCUUUCUUUCUCCAUGGAAGAAGUUGGCGGUUCCGCAGGGAGUGGAAAAGACCUCACCAGGAAGACCUCUUCCUUUCGUCUACGUUCCCCAAGUCUCAACUCUCUCCGUCUCCAUCGCAUUUUUGAUCUCUUCGACAAAAAUGGUGACGCCAUGAUCACAGUCCAGGAGCUCAACCAAGCCCUUUCUCUUCUUGGUCUUGACACCGACUUGUCGGAGCUGGAAUUCACUGUCAACUCCUUUAUUAAACCGGGGAACGACGGACUUACGUUCGAAGACUUUGCAGCCCUCCAUCAGUCUCUUGAUGAUACUUUUUUCGGAGAAGAAAAAGGGGAAACUGGCGACGAUGAGAUGUUACAACAGGAGUCGGAUCUUACCGAAGCUUUCAAGGUAUUCGAUGAAGAUGGGGAUGGAUAUAUUUCUGCACAAGAGUUGCAGGAGGUGCUCAGAAAAUUGGGAUUGCCUGAAGGUAAAGAGAUUGAUAGAGUUCAACAGAUG